GGAUUUUUCAAAAAGAAACAUUUUAUUCUGUGAGAGAGGAGUGACCACCUCACAGCUGCUUGUCUUGUGCUCAGUUCUCGAGCUAUUUGGAGGGACCGUCUCCGUUAAGUUAACAAUGGUUUACAACAAUACUACAACCAUCUUACAGAUCCAGGAGAUACGGAACGCACUCAUGGAUGGGAUUGUCCUGUACUUCUGGGUGUCAGUCGUGAUUGGGAUUGUAAUUGGCGUCUUCAUCUGGAUCCUGCUGGCAGUCCUGUCCUGCCAGAAGCAGGCAAGUGCCACCAUCUCCCAGACCACAAGCCGCCGUUCCCGGACGUCUCCUCACAACGCGGUGCUGAUGCGGAGCAGCUUCUAUCGCAGCAACAGCUACGACAGGCACGGAGACAGCAACCUGCCCUUGGCGAGCACUCUCACGUUCCAACGUCAGUGGUCCCAGGACCACUCCGACAGCUAUGACAGGAAGCAGGUCUUCCGAGCCUCCACUUUCCACCCAUUUGCCCAGGAUCCACUGGCCGAUGAGCUGGGCGGGAUUCCAUCUUCCUCCGCCCCGCUCUGCACCGACACCUCUUCCAGCCUGAACUGCACCCUCAGCCCACAGGAGCACCACUGGUCGGAAGGCCGCAGCUAUGAUUGCCAUUCCUCACAGACCCCGCCACCUGCCUACAAGUUUGUCGUAGAACCAUCCAAGAGGACCCUAGCGUAACACCUUCUCGGCUAGCAAGGGAUGAGCAACCACAGCGCCCCCCAGUGCCCUGAUUGUGAACAUCAGGAAUCUGAAUCAGGAUCAAGUUUAAUAUGACAGGCUUAUGCCGUGAAAUUUGUUACUUUUUGGCAGCAGUGCAUUUCAAUACAUAAAAAAAACUAUAAAUUGCAAUAAGAAAUAUAUAUAUAUAUAAUUAAAUUAAAUAAGUAGUGCUAAAAAGAAAGAGCAAAUUAAAAUACAUACUGUUCAUUGUCCAUUCAGAAAUCUGAUGGCAGAGGGGAAAAAGCUGUUCCUAAAAUGUUGAAUGUAUGUCUUCAGGCUUCUGACCACCUCAUUGAGGCGAGGGCAUGUCCUGGGUGAUGGAUGCUGCCUUUUUAAGGCAUCGCCUUUUGAAGCUGUCCUCGAUGCUGGGGAGGCUCGUGUCCAUGAUGGAGCUGGCUGAGUUUACAACCUACUGCAGUCUUUUCCAAUUCUUUGCAGUGGCCCCUCCAUACCAGACGGUGAUGCAACCAGUUAGAAUGCUCUCCAAGGUACAUCAGUACAAGUUUGCAAGUCUCUGGUGAUAUACCCAGUCUCCUUAAAUGCCUAAUGAAAUGUAGCCACUGUAUUUCUCGUCAGAUUGUAGACGUUCUACUCAAUUGGUCUGGUCAGAAUGUACCACAGAAGAAUUGUGAAUAAAGCAACACUAAUAUGUUCAAAGGUCAAAGUUUAAAGUAAAUUUAUUUUCAAACUACAUGUAUAUCACCCAGGUACAACUCUGAGACUAAUUUUCUUGUGGGCAUUUACGGUAAAUAUGAGAAAGACAAUCGAAUCAAUGAAAGACCAAUAUGCAAAAAAACC